AUGAGGGUCAUGAUCCCCUCCCCCAUUCUCUGCCCCAUCCCCUCCCCCAUCCCCUUACCCAUCCCUUCUACAAUCGCCUCCCCCAUCCCCCUACCCAUCCCCUCUAUUUUCCCCCCUCCCAACCCUUCCACUGUCCCCUCCCCUAUUCCCGGUCCUAUCCCCUCCCCCUUCCCCUCCCCCAUCCCCUUAACCAUCCACUCUCCGAUCCCCUCCCCCAUUGCCUGCCCCAUCCCCUCCCCAUUUGCCUCCCCCAUCCCAUCUCCAUUCCCUCCCUCCCUCUCUGAUCACUUCCCCAACCCUGUCGCCUGCUCCCCCUUCGCCACCUCUAUCCAAACAUUCCCACCCUUCCCCACCUCUUUUGGAACCUCCUCCUCCUUGCUCAUGUGCUCCGCUAAUCCCCAUUUUCUGCACCGGGGCGAGAACACGAGCGGGGGAGAGAGAAAGAAUGAAGGAUAG